AUGGCUCUGUUCUACGACGUAGCACUUUGGGUAGUUUUUGUUCUAGCGGUCAAACAAACAACUGCUUCUCCGUGCUAUCAUCAGAUGAGGAGGAGAGAGUUUUUUCGCGCAGAAAAUAAACAAUUACAGCAAGUUCCAUACCAACAAACUGUUAGCAGUUCUCAUGUCCUCUGCGUGAGUUACUGCCAUGCUGAUCCUCAGUGCCACUCAGUCAAUUACAACAUUGACAAUCAUCUUUGUGAGUUAAACAAUGCCACCAGGGCUCAGUAUCCUAAUGAGUUUAUCACACACUAUGGAAGUGUUUACUUUGAUGCGGGUUUACAUACUCCUCUUUCCUCUGCCCGUCGUUACAGUGGUUGUAAUGAACUAAAAAUGGCCGGUUAUAAUGUAACUGGAGUUUAUGAAAUCUUUCCAGAUGCUCUAGGUAAGGGUAUCAAAGUUCAAUGUGACAUGGAGCUUGAAUAUAGCAGUUGCAAGACGCUACUUGAAGCAGGGUAUGAUGUGAGUGGCGUCUAUAAGAUACACCCUCUAGGAUUCAAAGAUGGUUUGCAAGUGUACUGUGAUAUGGACGGUGGGGGCUGGAUCGUUACUCAGAGGCGACAAGACGGUAGCGUGAACUUCUACCGCAACUGGACAGAAUACCAGAUCGGCUUUGGCAACCUCUCUAGUGAAUUCUGGCUUGGAAAUGACAUCUUACGUACCCUGACAGAGUCAGCAAAUACAACCUGGAGUUUACUUAUUGAGUUGGUAGAUUGGAAUGACGAAAUAGGCUGGGCGGAGUACGGAUCAAUCCGGAUAUCAGGCAUUAACUUCACACUAAGUGUUGGGUCUUACAACGCCAACAGCACAGCAGGAGACGCCCUGGCAUACCACGACGGUAUGAUGUUUACUACCAAUGACCGUGACAAUGACAUCAAAGAUGUGAAUAAUUGUGCCGUGAUAUGCUCAGGUGCCUGGUGGUACUCUGAUUGCUACGCGGCUAAUCUGAACGGUGGUUAUUAUUACGGCGGAAAGCGGUCUUCAUUAGGAAUGAACUGGUUCCAGUGGAGAGAAUUUAAUUCUUUGAAAAAAACUUCAUUGAAAAUUCGUCAGUCGUUUUAG